AUGCUUAAUAGUCAACAUUUGGAUUCAACAACCAACGACACAUUGGAGGAUGCUAUUCCCCAAAAUGACAGACCUCCAAGCUGCCAAGUCACCAUUAAUAAUGUUAAUGAAGCGACUACUGAAACUGCUGAUCAACCUGAAACAACUUCAAUCACAGAAAUCUCUAUCAAAAGCUCUCAAACUCCAUUGCCGGACUACAAUCAAGCAGUUCAAAUUCAACAAAACCUCCCUUCACCAGCAGCUACUUGUUCAACAAGACCUCCAAGAUAUACACUGAAUGGUGAUCCAAGUUAUAUCGAUGGCAUCCAACGUCAAACAGCUUCUGGAACAAAUCCAUAUGAUAAUGUCUUCUCAAUUGAAAACGUAUUUAUUCAAAGAGAACAAGCUCUGCAACAGCGUCGUUCAGCCUCCAACAACAAUGACAAUAGAAUCUACCUGAAUAAUGCUCAAGGUGAUAAUCCUAUCAUACUGAACUGUACUAUUCCCUGUUGGCAAUUCAUAGUUGUAGUGCUGUUGAUCUACGCAGUUAUAUUGUUAUUUUUUGCUGCAAUUACUAGGAACAAUAUCAGCUAA